GCGGCAAGCAUUACGAAGAAGGAACAACAGAGGAAACAAUUAACUUCUAAUUCUGCGUGAAGAGUUGGUAGAUCGGUAGUUAAAAUGGAUAAUUGGAGAGGGAGAGUAGCCAUAAGAAUAUAAUAUUGCUUUAUAGCCUAAUGGCAGAAUAUUAAAAACUCUUGAAAGAAACAGUUGAUGGGACGUGGACUUCGCUGAAAUGGGAUCGUGUCUGUUCAUGAUUACUCUGCUUCUCCUGAGCCUGUGCAUUGACUGCAAAGAAAAAACAGCGCUGGAGUGUAUUGUCAAUCAGUACAAGCAAAUCUCUUGUUUAUGGAAUCAGCAUGGAAUCCCAAGUGAAAACUACUCGCUAUAUUACUGGUUUGGUAAUUUGGUGAAUCCCAAGGCGUCCCCUUGUCCCCAGUACAUUCUCGAUGGAAACACAAAUAUUGGUUGCUGGUUCAACAAUAGUGUUGAAACAUUCCAAUCAAUGACUGCGGUACUGAACAGCAGCAGCCUGAAUCAACCCAUAAAAAAACAUUACGAAAGAUUACAAGACCAGGUGAAGUUGGAUCCUCCCUAUGACCUACAUGUUGGGAAUACAAGUAGCUUGGAAUUGAUUCUGAAAUGGGAGCCAUCCCUUGGCAAAUAUCCCCUGCAUUGCGUCCACUUCCAGGUGCAGCAUCGAAGCACGACCAGUGCAAAAUGGACGGAGAAGAUUGCUUUGACGAAACAGUUUUCUUUGCCCAGUUUUGAUCCUGAGAAAACAUAUGUGUUUCAAGUGAGGAGUAAACUGAAUGACAUCUGUUCCAAUGCAAAAAUGUGGAGUGAUUGGAGUCCCGCUGUCACCUGGGGGGGGAACUUCACAAUAAAAGCUCAUCAGCCUCUGGAAAGAGUUGUGAAAAGUGUCAUUAUUUACCUUGUGUCAUCAAUUGUGCUUUUGACUUUUCUGGUUGCCCUGGUUCGAGUGGAGAGAAUUUGGGUAAUAUUUGUACCCAGAAUUCCAAAUCCUGGGAAGAAGUUUGAGGAGCUUUUCAGUACAUAUGGAGGAGACUUCCAGGAAUGGAUUGGAGUUUCCAAGGAAAUUGUGGACAGUUUAAAGCACAAUUAUAGCGAGCCUCUGUGCACUGUAAGUGAGGACACUGGCUGCAAUGCCACAAAUGCCAGGAACCCAAUAACUAUUUGACCCAAGUAUCAACACUUGGUGACCACAGAGCUUGGAGCUAUAGUAGAGGACCUUUAUUGGAAAGAAAAGAUGGGCGUGUAAGCUGUAGUUGACGAGAUCACUUAAUUUUCGGAUGCAUUUGCAGUCUCAGAAGAGUCAUAUUUGGGAUCUGUUAGAAUCAAGGCACAGACUACUGCACGGAAAGUGGAAUUUGGAGCUGGAAGGCCUGUACAAGCUGUUUGAUUUUCCUUCUAAUUGCCCACUGCCAGUAUGUGACAAAUCUCUGCAAGCUGUUCUGUAUUGCUUACUAAGGAAUUAUCUGAAAGCAGGUGUCUUUGUCAGCCUAUAUGGCAACCUGUUACAUAUAUUAAAAUUCU